GAGGGGGGCGCGGCGGUCUCAGCAGCACGCGCACACUGCUGUGUAUGUGAUUGUGUUGAUAGGAACUCGUCAUCGACACACCCGGCGCCGUCCAGGAGAAGCCAAGCUGCAAUAUCGCUUUCAACCGCUGUAAUUCAAGAGGGGGUUAAGUUUGAUGAGGAAACAUGUCUAAGGGACCGGCUGUAGGAAUUGAUUUGGGCACUACCUACUCCUGCGUAGGAGUGUUCCAGCACGGCAAAGUUGAGAUCAUUGCCAACGAUCAGGGAAACAGGACCACACCCAGUUAUGUCGCAUUUACUGAUACAGAGAGGCUGAUAGGAGAUGCAGCCAAGAAUCAAGUGGCUCUCAAUCCCAACAACACAGUAUUUGAUGCAAAGCGCCUCAUCGGACGCAGGUUUGACGACAGUGUUGUCCAGUCAGACAUGAAGCACUGGCCAUUCACCGUUGUUAAUGAUAAUACACGGCCUAAAGUAAAAGUAGAUUACAAAGGAGAAACCAAAACUUUCUACCCAGAGGAGAUCUCCUCCAUGGUUCUUCUUAAAAUGAAGGAGAUUGCAGAGGCCUAUCUUGGCAAGACUGUAACAAACGCUGUGGUGACUGUGCCUGCCUACUUUAAUGACUCCCAGCGCCAAGCUACCAAAGAUGCAGGAAUCAUUUCUGGCCUCAACGUACUUCGUAUUAUCAACGAGCCGACUGCUGCUGCCAUUGCCUAUGGCCUGGACAAGAAGGUUGGCGCAGAGAGAAAUGUUCUCAUCUUUGACCUGGGAGGUGGAACAUUCGACGUUUCCAUCUUGACCAUUGAAGACGGAAUCUUUGAGGUCAAAUCUACUGCUGGAGACACGCAUUUGGGAGGAGAAGACUUUGACAACCGCAUGGUGAACCACUUCAUCUCUGAGUUCAAGCGCAAGUACAAGAAGGACAUCAGUGACAACAAGAGGGCGGUCCGACGCCUGCGCACUGCAUGCGAAAGAGCCAAGCGCACCCUUUCCUCCAGCACUCAAGCCAGCAUCGAGAUCGACUCUCUGUAUGAAGGAAUCGACUUCUACACCUCCAUCACCAGAGCCAGGUUUGAGGAGCUCAACGCUGACCUGUUCAGAGGCACCCUGGAGCCUGUGGAAAAGGCUCUCCGGGACGCAAAGAUGGACAAGGCUCAAAUUCAUGACAUCGUGUUGGUGGGAGGUUCCACUCGCAUUCCCAAGAUCCAGAAGUUGCUUCAGGACUUCUUCAAUGGGAAGGAUCUGAAUAAGAGCAUUAACCCUGAUGAAGCAGUAGCCUACGGUGCAGCUGUGCAGGCAGCCAUCUUAAGUGGCGACAAAUCUGAAAAUGUCCAGGACCUGCUGCUGUUGGACGUCACCCCCUUGUCUCUGGGUAUUGAAACAGCUGGAGGAGUCAUGACGGUGCUCAUCAAGAGGAACACCACCAUUCCUACAAAGCAGACGCAGACUUUCACCACUUACGCAGACAACCAGCCCGGUGUUCUUAUCCAGGUGUUCGAGGGGGAAAGGGCCAUGACCAAAGACAACAACCUUCUGGGAAAAUUUGAUCUGACUGGGAUUCCUCCAGCUCCUCGAGGGGUUCCUCAGAUUGAGGUGACGUUUGACAUCGAUGCCAACGGCAUCAUGAACGUUUCUGCAGCUGACAAAAGCACCGGAAAGGAGAACAAGAUCACCAUCACCAAUGAUAAAGGACGUUUGAGCAAAGAGGACAUUGAGCGUAUGGUAAACGAGGCAGAAAAAUACAAGGCCGAAGACGAAGUGCAGAGAGAGAAAGUGUCAGCCAAGAACGGUCUGGAGUCUUAUGCGUUCAACAUGAAGUCCACCUUAGAGGAUGAGAAGCUGAAGGACAAGAUCAGUGAGGAAGACAGGAAAAAGAUCCUGACUAAGUGUGAGGAAGUCAUCAGCUGGCUGGAUGGAAAUCAGUCCGCAGAAAAAGAGGAGUUUGAGCAUCAGCAAAAGGAGCUGGAGAAGGUGUGCAACCCGAUCAUGACCAAGCUGUACCAGGGUGCAGGAGGAGCGCCAGGAGGGAUGGCAGGAGGUCCAGGUCCCGGAGCUGGUGGUGCAGCUGGAGCAGGAGGAGGUUCCUCUGGCCCUACCAUUGAAGAAGUUGACUAAAAGAGGUUAGAUGAGGAAGGGACAGGCACCAAAACGUUUCCCCUCAUGUUCAGAUUGUGAGGAACAAAGUUCAUAUGUUGUAUGGGAUACUUUUAUGGUGUCUGGUUUUGGGAGCAUUUACAGUUGACUUUCCAAAUAAGCUGUAUUUUCUUAGCAUGUGUCAUCAAGACUUUUUUUAUGUUA